UUGUUGCUUUUUAAAGCUUUUAUUGGAAAUAUUAGAAUCUGAAGAUCUUCAAUUAAAAGCUAUUGACAAAGAGGGAAUGACUCCUUUACAUCUGGCUGCAGCUGUAGGGUCAGAACAAUGCUGCGAAUUGUUAUUGGCGCCUAAUUGGAGAUUACCUGUUGAUUCUCGUGAUAACUUAGGUCGGACACCUCUUCAUUUGGCCGCUUGGUGUCGUGUCGGCACAAAUGUUGUUAAACUUUUAAUGGCAAAAAAGUCUAUAGCCGCGACAGCUAGAGACCAACAAGGAUGGACACCUUUACAUAUUGCCGUCAUGGCUAAUAAUCGUCCGGUACUUGAAAAACUUCUUGAGGCAAUGGGACCAGCUGGGGCUCAAGUAAAAUUAAUAAUUUAUGUAAUGGGGAAAUUUAUCUAA